AUGGCGACGGCCAAGAUGGCGACCCCCAUGCCUUGCACACGGCGCUGCUCGAUCCUGCUCGCGGGGGGAUGUGGCACAUUAGAAGAGGCCAUUAGAACUUUAUGUGACAGGGAACCUCAUCUUUGCAGAACCCACUACAGAGUGCUUUGUGCUGUAAUCCUCUGGGCACAUGCCUUACUUUCUGAUGCAUUUGAUGUUGUUGUACCAAAGACCCCUUCAGUUGGUAUCCACGGUCAAAGCGUUGUCCUUGGAUGUGGCUUUGCAGUUAUUGACGGCUUCUCGCUCGAACAUAUUGUAAUCACCUGGCAACGCACCAGGGACAACAAAGUGGUACAUAGUUACCAUUAUGGCAAAGAUCAGCAUGAUAAACAGGACAGGCAGUAUUCAGGCAGAACGAGCCUAUUUACAGAGGAACUCAGAAAUGGCAAUAUUUCGCUCAAGCUGGAUAAACUGAGAGUUGAAGACGCAGGCCAGUACAUGUGCUUUGUCAGCAGUGUAAUCGGGAGUGCCAAAGGGACGGUGUCAUUGGAAAUUGCAGCAUACUACAGUGAGCCAGAUGUCCUGGUCAAAUUCCAAUCAUCUGGUACAAGUUUCAUUCUAACAUCUCGAGGUUAUCCUGAGGCAUCUGUUUCCUGGCACUGUGAAGAUAAUAACAAGCACUUAAAGCCUGACGUUUCAUUUUCUAAAACUGAAGAUGGACUUUACUCGCUCAAAAGUAUUCUUGAAGUUGCUCAAGUGAGCAUGUGUAAUAAAUUUGUGGCUGAAAUACAGAAUCAUCUUGUUAACCAGACUAUCAUCAGGAGGUUCAACCGGCCUUUGGCAGAUUCAGGCGAGAAUAAACAGGCAGUCACUUUCAUGAACGUUUGCAUUGCCAUGGGCUUAUUUUUGCUGGCAUUUGGCACAAUUAUCACUCUGUAUUUGGUUAAACGAGAAAAGCAACUAAGAAGAAUCAAUGAUGAAUUAACAGUAAUGAACAUAUAAAUGUGAUUCUAUAAAUAAAAUUUUUCAUAUCAAUUCAUUUUCAUGAUGUCAAUGGUGCUGGAAAGUCCUGCUGGAAAUAUGUUUGCUUAACUUUUUGUAAGCCUUUCCUGUGUCAGACAUGAUAAUGAUCAUUCCUGUGUUGCUUUGCAUCACCUGUAAUGUCUGGACUGGACACUUGUCGACACCAGAUUCUGCUAGUGACCCUGACAAGGUUUCCAGUCGAUGAAAUGUACCAUGAGCACUGGUGAAGAAACUUGGACAUCUUGUGGGGAAUCAUCCAUUCCACGAUCCUGGUCAACAUGGAUACAAAUCUUCUGCCAACCACAGAAUCCUCUGUCCAGGGACCACACUGCCUCUUCCAGCCUGGCCCUGGAUGUAUCAAGCUCUCAGGCAAACAGACACUCGGAGGAGAGCAACGUGGCACAGGAACGCUUGAGCAAGGGGUUGGCUGUACUAACAGAGGGAUAGCAAGAGCCAGUCUCAGGGAUUAUAAACUAUUAAAACUGUCAAUAAAAUUAAAACCUUUUGAAGCUUUCAAACAUUCGCAAGUAUUCAAGGAAAGCUUUGGGAAAGCAAACGGGGAGGCAGGGUGGCUUUGAACGAGUGGUACAGAUCCAAUCGGUGUUAUGAGUCUGCGGAUAUGGCAGGAAGAGAAUAUCAAGCAACCAGUAGUUUGAUCUGCAUGGAUCAUAAAAGCCACAGAUUGUGUGCCAACAAUCCAGACGAUAUAAUCCCUGAAAACUUCACCACUGCCCUGCUAGAAUUUGUAAGGUCAACAGGAGAUGACCUCAUUUUUCAAUGGUUGCUGGUUUCUCCACUCUUCACUGUGCGUGUCUGCAGUAUCUGGAGGAUCUCUCAGUGGCCACCCAUUUUAAUCCCAUUUCCCAUUCCCACUCCAAUAUGGCCAUCCAUGGCCUCCUCUUCUGUCCUGGUGAGGCCACACUUAAGUUGGAGGGACAGCACCUUAUAUUCCAUCUGGGUAGCCUCCAAUGUGACGGCAUGAACAUCGAUUUCUCAAAUUUCCGCUAAUGACCCACACCCCCUUUCACCAUUUCCCAACCCCUUUUCCCUCUCUCACCAUAUCUUCUUUCACUGCCGUGUUUGUUCCCAGAGUUUUGUUUUCAAUCCAUUUCAAACUGUGCCUGUAAUGGUCCAUUUUGUAAUUGUAUUCACGAUAACUUUGUACAUUAUUACUUACACAAAUACUUGCAUUGUAAGCAACAUGUUACGCACUAUCAUGUAUGAGUAAUUUCCUUGUGUACAAAAGCAUGACAGUACAAUGUGUUUUGUUGAUAUUGCAUUUUUAUUGAUAUAAACAUCAUAAUUUAACAGAA